AGAGCCUUAGACUCUAUGGUCGCUCCCACUGACUCCCAUGGGGAAGCGCGACAAGGAACCGCCUAUAUACUUCCGUUUCCGGCCCGGCCUCUUUCUUUCCGUGCCGAUAGCGCUCUUGCGAACAUGGUGAACGUUCCUAAAACCCGCCGGACUUUCUGUAAGAAGUGUGGCAAGCACCAACCCCACAAAGUAACACAAUACAAGAAGGGCAAGGAUUCUCUGUAUGCCCAGGGAAAGCGGCGUUAUGACAGGAAGCAGAGUGGCUAUGGUGGGCAGACUAAGCCGAUUUUCCGGAAAAAGGCUGAAUCAGUUCCUGUUCUACCACAGGCUAAAACUACAAAGAAGAUUGUGCUGAGGCUUGAAUGUGUUGAGCCCAACUGCAGAUCUAAGAGAAUGCUGGCUAUCAAGAGAUGCAAGCAUUUUGAACUUGGAGGAGAUAAGAAGAGAAAGGGCCAAGUGAUCCAGUUCUAAGCCUCAUCUUUUGUUUUAUUAUGAAGACAAUAAAAUUUUGAGGUUAUGUUUA